GACCCCUGGUACAUAUCAACAGCUGUGUCAUUGAUAAACUGCUAAAAGACAAGUAUUAAAAAAGUUCUUGUCCUAGACAGUCAUCAUUUAAAUAAUUCCUGUCCUCCUUUCGCACCUUAUUUUUUCCUCUGGGGAAUCAUCAUCCAGGGAUCUGCAGAAGACCUCAAGAAAACAUGGGGAGGAUUUUCCUCACAGGAGAAAAAGCCAAUUCAGUAUUAAAACGCUACCCACGAGCUAAUGGACUCUUUGAAGAAAUUAGACAGGGCAACAUUGAACGUGAAUGCAAAGAAGAAGUCUGCACAUUUGAGGAAGCAAGAGAAGCUUUUGAAAAUAAUGAAAAAACUAAGGAGUUUUGGAACACCUACACAAAAGCACAACAAGGAGAGAGUAACAGAGGAAGCGACUGGUUUCAAUUUUACCUUACCUUUCCACUCAUCUUUGGCCUCUUCAUUAUCCUUCUUGUCAUUUUCCUAAUCUGGAGAUGCUUCCUAAGAAACAAAACUCGCAGGCAGACAGUGACUGAAGGCCACAUCCCUUUCCCGCAGCAACUUAAUAUUAUCACUCCACCUCCUCCACCAGAUGAAGUGUUUGAAAGCAGCGGAUUGUCGCCAGGCUUUCUGGAGUAUGUAGUUGGGCGCUCAGAUUCCAUCUCCACUCGCCUGUCCAACUGCGAUCCCCCGCCUACCUAUGAGGAAGCCACUGGCCAGGUCAGCCUGCGGAGGAGUGAGACAGAACCUCAUUUAGACCCACCCCCGGAGUAUGAGGUCAUCAUCAACUCCAACUCAGCCAGUGCUAUUGCUAUGGUGCCUGUGGUCACCUCCAUCAAAUGAAACUGCAAACUUCUUUUUACUAUCAUAAUUUUUAAAGUACUAAUGAAAGAACUUUAUAGCACUUUACCACUACAUAAAUGUGCAUUGACUUAUUUUAUUGGACUCUGACGGCAUACCACUUCACAGUUUCUGACUUUUCAUUAGUUGUGUUUCCUACUAUAAAAUCAUUAUCCCUGCCUAUUUUUGCUAAUAGAAAUACAUGAAGAGGGAAAAACUAGUAAGUUUUGGAGGUCUUCAUGUGAUGUGAUGAGAUACACAUAUAUGUUUGUCGAUAUCUAUAUCUAUAUAUGUGUAUUUGCAUAUAUACAUACAUGUGUAAGUCAGCCCAAUAUAUGUGCAACUGUCUUAUAAAACCAUUAACUUCUAAAUCACACCUAUAAAGUGAGCAUUACUCACAAAAACUGGAGGGAAAAGGCACCAAUAAUUUGUGUAAUAGAUAGCCAGCAACAUGCUAUUGAAUUUAAGAUGAACUUAGCAUGUUUUCUAAUUCUUAGUGGCUUUUGUUCACCUUUUUCUUCCACUGCCUUAAACGGGAAAAAAAAUUAAUGUGGUCCAUCUUGACUGUAGGAACAUCUCAGAAAGAGACAGGGAUACAGGGAAAGCGCAGUACGAGCUGCCUUGUUUAUAGUACAGAGCAGGAAAAUCAUUGAUCAUUAGUGGCGUUUGGGUAGUUUUAUAGGGGAAUUUUGUUGUUGUUGACUGCCUCCUCCCCCAAAUUAAACAGUGUUUGCUUAAGUAUC